AUGGGGAACGAGACUGAUGAAGAAGCGGACUUGAUAAGAAGAAACAAAAUGCUGAUGGAAGCCAUGACUGCUCAGUUGAACAAAACCAUGUUGGAGAACAUGUCAACUAUGAUGAAAGACAACAUGGAAGAAAUUAGAAGGGAGAUUAGACAAGCUACUGGUCAAGGACACAGCCGUGAAGCUGAAAGAGAAGAGCAAUCUCCACAACGCCAACGAGAGCAUGAUGGUUCACAAGAAACUGAUAACUACUAUGAGCGUAGAAGAUCCUCUUCUAGAGACAGUCGUAGGAGACCUAGGAGAGAUCACGUGGGAAGAAGGUAUCAUAGAGAUGAGUAUACUGGUCUUAAGAUCAAGAUCCCUCCUUUCCAUGGCAAGCUAGUGACUGCUAGACGUGUCAAUCAGGAGUAUCCUGUUGACUCUUGGCAAGAGAUGAAGUCUUUGAUGCGCAAGAGGUUUGUACCUAGCCACUACCAUCGUGAUUUGCACCAGAGGCUACGAAAACUGAUUCAAGGCUCCAAAACCGUGGAGGAAUACUAUCAAGAGAUGGAGUUGUUGAUGCAGAGAGCGAGUCAUUACGUUGAGCUAGAGGAGAUGCUACACAAAGCUAUCUUGGUGGAACAACAACUCAAAAGAAAGAGCUACUCUCGUUCUAGCUAUGGUACUAGCAAGUUUCAGCAUUCCAAAGAUGAGAAGCCUAGUUACCAGAAGGAGAGCAAGCCUUAUCAGAAGGAUGACACUAAACUGGGCAGCAUCUUUGACAAAGACAAAGGAAAAGCAGUAGCUACGGGUUCAAAGUCUCGGGAUGUCAAGUGCUUUAAGUGUCAAGGGCGUGGACACUAUGCCAACGAAUGUACUAACAAAAAAACCAUGAUCCUUCUAGACAGUGGAGAGUAUUUGUCUCAGGAUGAGAAGAUCCACACUGAACGUGAGCAAUCUGAGGCAGAGUCUGAAGAAGAACCGGUCAGAGGAAGGUUACUAGUAACAAGAAGACUUCUGAAUCUUCAAACCAAGGCAGAAGAGACUGAGCAGCGUGAGAAUUUGUUCUACACUAGAUGUCUGGUUCAAGGAAAGGUCUGUAGUCUCAUCAUUGAUGGAGGAAGUUGUGUCAACGUGGCCAGUGAGACAAUGGUGGCAAAGUUGGGUUUGAAAGUUCAGAAACAUCCAAAGCCAUACCGGUUGCAGUGGCUUAAUGAAGAAGGAGAAAUGAGAGUCUCAACUCAGGUUCUGAUUCCCAUAGCAAUUGGUAAAUACGAAGAUGAGGUUCUAUGUGAUAUACUACCUAUGGAGGCAAGCCACAUUCUUCUUGGACGACCUUGGCAAUCAGACAGGCAUGUGAUGCAUGAUGGUUAUACUAACAAGCACACCUUUGAGCAUAAUGGCAAGAAAACCGUGCUGUUGCCUCUAACUCCCAAAGAGGUUCAUGAAGAUCAACUUCAACUUCAGAAAAAGAAAAAGAUUGAUCUCAAGCCUGAUCAAAGCAAGCAACACAGUCUCUACGCCAAAACAGGGAAGAUCAAAAGAAUUCUCUACUCUCAAAAUUCCUUUGUUUUACUCAGGUUUAAAGAGAACCUACUAACUGUUGCUAAUAAAACACCGGAAUAUCCGAGUGAACUAUCUUCUCUUUUGCAGGAAUAUAAAGAUAUCUUUCCAGAAGACAAUCCAAUUGGGUUACCUCUGUUAGAAAUAUCAAGAACAGAGUGA